CCUUGUAAACAAUUAUUGUUAAUGGUUAACAGCAUAAAUGCGCAAUUAUUGAUUUCUAUUCAGGUAUUGCUAAGCAACCAGGUUGAAUAUCAACAUUGUAUUCAUUUAAGUGUUUCCACCCAAUGAAAAGCAAUGGUGGUUUUAGAAAUCUAUUCUAAAUGUUUGCCAAUAAAAUACAAGACCUAUUUAAUUUCGAAAGCAACUUUUUUUACCUUAAUACUAAGAAUAAUUUCCGUCAUUGCGCCUUUCGUGAUAGUCUAUAACAGUAGAGCGUUUUGGUUGAAGCAGGACUCAUUCUACGAGCAGCCGAGCGUACAUUUUAGGGGUGAAUAUAUUUUUGGCGCGUUAACGAAUGUCGCCACUUCGCCGAUCUUUUGUAGUAAUUACCCGUUCCUUCAAAAAUAUGCGGAAUUUGACAGGUGCCCUCUUGUCAAGGUAAUAGAAGUAACUAAGAAUGGAGAUGAUAAAAUUGACGAACUGCAGUUUAGUGUUACUGUCGACAUUACCGAAUUGGAAAUAGUGUCGUUCUACCUAAUCCUAACAUUAGACUACAGUUUACAUUAUGCCCCAUGAAAAUGCAAUCAGCCAUCAUUGUACAGAACAAUGGCCAAAGUUUUACGAGGGACAUUACAUUAAAUGCCCAAUUAGGACUGUUCCAAUUUGAACCAUUAGGAUGCCACCAACAUAAGACGAACAAAAGAUACAAUUAUCCUAUUGUAAACGAAAAA